AUGCCUCAAGCCAACGGUAUCAACGGCGUCAAUGGCGUCAACGGGAGCUCGAAAGAGAUCAGGGUCAACCUGCUGGGUAAAGAGAGCAUCAUAAUCAGCUUCGGGCUCUGGCGAAAUUAUGUUGCCAAGGAUCUUCUGAGCAACCUCAAAUCGUCGACCUAUGUUUUAAUCACGGAUUCGAAUAUAGGCAAGCUCUACGUCGACUCUUUCAGGUCGGUCUUCGAAGCAAAUCAAGAUACUGCAGCUCCUUCACGACUUCUGGUCUACGAAGUUCCACCAGGCGAGACUUCAAAGUCACGUGAGACUAAGAACGAUAUCGAGGAUUGGCUCCUGCACCAGAAGCCACCAUGCGGGAGGGACACAGUCAUCAUUGCUCUCGGAGGAGGCGUGGUGGGUGAUUUGACUGGCUUCGUCGCUGCAACCUACAUGCGUGGAGUGCGCUUUGUGCAGGUGCCCACCACAUUGUUGGCAAUGGUUGAUUCAUCGAUUGGCGGUAAAACAGCUAUCGAUACACCCCUAGGGAAGAAUCUGAUCGGUGCAAUCUGGCAGCCUGAACGAAUAUACAUCGAUCUUGAUUUCCUAGGCAGUCUUCCGAGACGAGAGCUUAUCAACGGCAUGGCGGAAGUCAUCAAAACAGCCGCGAUCUCGGAAGAGGGAGAGUUCGCAUUUCUCGAAGCUAACGCAGACACCAUCAUGCGAGCUGUCAACUCAGACAUGAGCAAAGGAGCGGCGCGUUUUCAUGGCAUCGAACAUACCCUGAUUCGAGCCAUUUCGGAAUCGGCCAAGUUCAAAGCUAGAGUUGUCACCGAGGACGAGAGGGAAGGCGGUCUACGCAAUCUUCUGAACUUCGGUCACUCUAUAGGUCAUGCGAUAGAAGCGUUCCUCACGCCUCAGGUCCUUCACGGCGAGUGUGUGGCAAUUGGCAUGGUGCUUGAGGCAGUGCUGGCACGCUACCUGGGCAUCCUUAGUGGCGUCGCCGUUGGUCGACUUCAGAAAUGCCUAGCAGCGAAAACAUUGCCCGCUGGAAGGCUCAUCACGAAGAUGGCCGUAGACAAGAAGAAUGUUGGUGCCAUGAAAAAGGUCGUGCUCCUCUCAGCUAUCGGGCACACUCAUGAGCAGAAAGCGAGUACAGUGUCAGAUGCAGAUCUGAGGGUAGCAUUGGCGCCAAGCAUCGAAGUUACUCCAGGAGUGCCGCGUGGGCUGAACGUCACCUGUACGCCGCCGGGCUCGAAAUCUAUCUCCAAUCGAGCUCUUGUACUCGCUGCGCUUGGCUCUGGGACGUGUCGGAUGAAGAAUCUCCUUACUUCUGCAGAUACCGAAGUUAUGCUAGACGCAUUGGCUAGGUUGGGCGCUGCUUCAUUCGAUUGGGAGGAUAACGGAGAGACGCUGGUUGUCAAUGGAAAAGGCGGAAUCUUGGCAGCGUCCGAAACCGAUCUCUACCUGGGUAACGCUGGAACGGCAGCACGGUUUCUGACAACUGUGGUCACGCUAGCCAAGCCAAGUCAGGUCAAAUCAACAGUACUGACAGGCAACACAAGAAUGAAGCAACGGCCCAUCGGAGAUCUGGUGGACGCAUUGCGUGUCAAUGGGGCAAAGGUUGAGUAUCUCGAAUCUGAGGGAUCACUGCCUCUCAACAUCGGUGCCUCGGGCGGGUUCCAAGGUGGUGAGAUCAGGCUGGCUGCCAAAGUGUCAUCUCAGUAUGUAUCAUCACUACUGAUGUGCGCUCCAUACGCCAAGUCACCAGUAACUCUCAAACUUGUCGGCGGAAAGCCUGUGUCUCAGCCGUACAUUGACAUGACGACUGCCAUGAUGGCACAAUUCGGUGUAAAUGUCGAGCGAUCGAAGACGGAAGAGCACACAUAUCACAUUCCGCGAGGCGCCUAUCACAACCCAUCAGAGUAUGUGGUCGAAAGUGAUGCAAGUUCGGCCACGUACCCACUUGCAAUCGCGGCGAUCACAGGAACGACAUGCACUAUUCCAAACAUCGGCUCCGGAUCGCUUCAAGGCGAUUCAGCAUUCGCGAUUGAUGUUCUUCAGCCUAUGGGCUGCGAGGUACAGCAGACGAAGACUUCAACCACUGUCACAGGUCCAGCAGGCGGCAAGCUAAGAGCGCUGCCAAAUGUAGACAUGGAACCGAUGACGGAUGCCUUCCUGACGGCUUCGGUACUGGCCGCCGUCGCAACGGAAGGCUCGUCGCAUACGACAAGGAUAUAUGGAAUCGCGAAUCAGAGAGUCAAAGAAUGCAAUCGAAUACAAGCAAUGGAGGAUGAGCUCGCCAAAUUCGGUGUCAAGUGUCGACAAUUCGACGAUGGGAUCGAAAUUGACGGCAUUAGCCGGGACAAAUUGCAAGAAGCUACUGAGGGUGUCUACUGCUAUGAUGAUCACCGAGUGGCAAUGAGUUUCAGUGUGCUAGCUCUGGGAGCAGCCAAGCCAACCGUGAUCCUUGAGAAAGCUUGCACGGGAAAGACCUGGCCAGGCUGGUGGGACACGAUGUACCAGCUCUUCAAAGUCAGUCUUGAAGGUAAGGAGUUAUCCAAACCACAUACCGUCUCGCCGAAGCACAUCAACCCAGGCUCGGCGUCAAUCUUCAUCAUCGGCAUGCGUGGCGCCGGAAAGACAACUACGGGAAGAUGGGCGGCUAAGUCAUUGGCCAGUGAACACAAGAAGCUCAUCGAUCUCGAUACGGAGAUGGAACUUCGCGAGGGUCGGGAGAUUCCAAGUAUUGUUCGGGAAAGUGGCUGGGAUUAUUUCCGGAAACUCGAGCUCGAAAUCUUGAAGUCAGUCAUGAAGGAGCUGCCACGGGACCACGUCUUCGCCUGCGGUGGAGGAGUGGUGGAAAGUGCUGAAGCUCGGAAACUGCUCGUGGACUGGCACAAAAACACUGGUCACGUCCUUCUCGUUGAACGCGAUAUUCAUCAGGUAAUGGAUUUCUUGCAGAUUGACAAGACUCGGCCAGCCUAUGUUGAGGACAUGAUGGGAGUCUGGCUCCGAAGAAAACCAUGGUUCGAAGAGUGUAGCAACAUUCUCUACUACAGCCAGAGAGUGCCUGGAGAGAACCUAUCGCAGGCUGCGGAAGAUUUCGACCGCUUCCUGCAGAUGGUCACAGGCAAGUCGGAUGCGCUCUCGGCGAUGAAACGCAAACCUCAGUCCUUCUUCGUUGCUCUGACCUAUCCCGAUCUGCGGCCCUAUCUUCACACACUAUCGGAGGUCGCCUUCGGCUCUGAUGCUGUUGAACUACGUGUCGAUCUCCUGAAAGACCCACAUGCUGCGGACGACCUCCCGUCAUUGGACUAUGUCACGUCUCAGCUGUCGCUCCUGCGGGCGACGAUUCCACUUCCGGUUAUCUUUACCAUCAGAACAAAAUCACAAGGUGGUGCCUGGCCAGAUGAUGCUCAUGCGGAGGCUCUUGCCUUGUACAAGCGAGCCAUCAAGAUGGGGACCGAGUUCAUUGAUCUAGAAGUCACCACGUUUCCAGAAAGCCUGCUACAGGAAGUUCUUCAGUCAAGAAAUUUCUCGUACUCGAAGAUUAUCGCCUCCAACCACGAUCCGAGGAGUGAGCUGUCCUGGUCUAAGAAUGGCUCCUGGGCUCCAACAUACAACAGAUGCCUACAGUAUGGCGACAUUGUCAAGCUUUGUGGAAUGGCCCAGACAAAAGAAGACAACUUUGCGCUGCGUAACUUCAAGCAAUGGGCAGCGAGAUCGCACCCAGAUGUGCCCCUCAUGGCUAUCAACAUGGGCCGGAUUGGUCAAUUCUCCCGUAUCAUCAACGAUUUCAUGACUCCAGUCACGCAUCCGGCUUUGCCAUUCAAGGCUGCGCCUGGUCAGCUCUCCGCGAAGGAAAUCCGAACGGCGCUCUCGUUGAUGGGAGAAAUUGCACCCAAGAAGUUCUACCUGUUUGGGAGCCCGAUCAGCGCUUCGAAAUCGCCAGCCUUACACAACACCUUGUUCAACGCUACCGGGUUGCCACAUCACUACGACCUACAUGAAACUACAGAAGCGUCGGAGCUUGAAGCGCUGAUCCGUGCUCCAGACUUCGGAGGCGCCAGUGUCACAAUACCUCUCAAGCUAGACGUCAUGAAAUUGCUAGACUCGGUGGACGAGUCUGCCGAGAUCAUUGGUGCGGUCAACACGAUCGUGCCAGUAUACUCUCCAGGCUCGGAUAAACCACAACUACUAGGCCGUAACACAGAUUACACCGGCAUGAUGGAUUGCCUGCGUUCGGCUGGUGCCUCAGGUCUCCUCGGAGAGGGUACGCAAGCUGGUCUAGUCAUCGGCGGCGGUGGGACUGCUCGCGCCGCAAUUCAGACUCUCCACAGUAUGUUGUAUUCGCCGAUUUACCUUCUAGGACGCUGUGUGCCGAAGAUCACAGAAAUGGCCGCCACGUUCCCCUCAUCAUACAACAUAGUCGUGGUUGAUCCAUCUACACCAAACGUCCUUGCACAGUUCAGCAGAAAGGAUGGUAAGGGCAGCGGUAUGCCGAAGGUGGCCAUUGCGACUAUUCCAGCGAAUCUACCCAUCGAUCCUGCGCUUGCAAGUGUCCUCAAUCAGCUAUUCUUAGCGAGCAGAGCCGACCGAGACAAGGGCAAAGGUGGUGAGCGAGGCAACGGUGUUUUGCUCGAGAUGGCGUACAAGCCCAAGUUCACGGCUGUGAUGCAGAUGGCGGAGGAAGUCGGCAAGUGGAAGACGAUACAGGGACUGGAGACCCUGGUCACACAAGGUACUGGUAUCGAUGCUGGCACUGCGACAAAAUCAAAUGGUGCCGUCGUGGCUUUUUCGAACCGCCGAUGGUCGAUUCCCAGAAGGGCAAAUGUCCCUGCGUGCGCGAACGGCGCCCUGGCGUAUGCGAAGGUCGUGAUGGGAGACGACCUACCAGGAUCUAUUCCGUCGAUGUCGUACGCAACCGCACUUACCCUGAACGUGAUCAAAGACCCGGCAUCAUUUGGCUGGGAGAAUUUGUUGUCCCUCCGUGAGAGCCUAGAAGCCGCACCGAACUACGGUGGUUUUGCAGACGACGCACGAAGCGCUCAGCUAGACGAAGGGCUCAUCCUCCCCUACAUCGAACAGAAUCUGUUGGACCCGAACAGACUCAAAAUCCCCUGGCGAUAUGCGGUGAUUCAGCGCAAUCCCAGAGAGUUCCAGAGCCCGGCGCCAGUUGAUCGGUACUAUAAGACCGACGAAGAUCAAUUGGACAGGCACCUUGACCUGCAGGCUGAGGUCGAGGCUCGUUACAAAACGAUAUGGGAGAAAUUCCUCGAGCUUCAUGCCCAGAUUAGCUCGGAUAAUGUCGAGUUCGGUGGUGCCCUUCGCGGACGAGACAAGGUGAAUUGGGUGGCGAUGCUACAUGCUAUUUUCAGACAUCACAAUGUUCCUGUCGCCGAGGAUAUUAUACAGUUCGCAUGGAACAACGGUUAUGACGAGCAGUCGGUGGAGGGAUGGAAGAGGAGGCAUGACGACCAGUACGUGAGCCAGGACGACGACAGCCAGUAUGCAGUGGAAUCCGUGGAGGACGCUUCAACUCUUAUGGGCACUCGACAGCCGGAAGGCGACGAAUAUGGUCCAGAAUCCACCGACAUGUACGGGGAUGCGCCCACCACCAGCCCAUCGGAGAGCGAGGCCGAGCUUAGUCCUGCUGAGCAAUUUGAGUCGGAGUCCGAUGAAGAUGAUUCUCCGGAAAGCGAGACUGACACCCAUGAUGAUCGCUCCAGUCAGGCAGAGACCGAGGGAGGUUCGAGCCAGACAGCAACUGAGGAUGCGCGGAGCCACGCAGGUACUGAAGAAGGCUCAGGCCAGUAUACGACCGAUGGAGAAAGUUCGAGCCGAUUCACUACUUCCGACGACGAAUACGAAGACGACCGCCUUCUUCGCGUGAGCCAUCAAGACUCCGGUAGUGACACAGAGACAGAGAGAUCUCGGAACAGUCACCGUUACAGGCAUCGUCCUCUGGCGCACCGUUAG